AUGCACAUCAAGAGGGUAACGCUGACGUCCAAGAAGAACUGGUGGAUGGUCGAGUUAGAUCAGGAAGACGAGAAACCAGUUCAUCCGUCUACCAAGUCGUUCUCAUCAUCAGAAGAGACCGUAGCAGUAGUACCAGACGAUGGUCUUUUCAAUCGAAAGGUCGAGGAAGAUAAAGCAAAAGAAAUGUCAUCCCCUAACCCCUCGAUACCCGUGUACAAUCCACCACGUCACCCAACGUCAAUAUUUUCAUUCCCUACUCCCACCGCUUACUCUGCACCACCAAACCCUACUGCGAACCUCGCCCCUGUGGCACAAGGUUCAGCCUCUGAGCUAUUCAAGUGCAUCGUCAAGAAACCCGAUGUUGUACAGCUCGAGAUCAAUGGAGAGAUGCAGUCGAAUGCAUCAGAUGUGACAACCCAAUUCCUUGCAGAGCUGCGCGUAUAUACCACGGUGUCGCGACACCGCAACAUCACCGCAUUUCUGGGCUGCUUGGAGAACGUUGGUAUGGUGUUAGAGUACAUCGAUGGACGGACAUUAUAUGAGGUUAUUCGCCCGAGACCAGCUCUAACUCGACAACAGAAAAUCGACUUCCACAACCAGCUCCUCGAUGGCAUCACGCACCUACAUUCAUUUGGGCUGAGUCACGGGGACCUCUCACUGCUAAAUAUCCAAGUGACGAACUCCUCCGACACUAUCAAACUUCUUGACUUUGGACGUUCUGUGUCUAUGGACUCGGUAUUCAUCUCACCAACAGAUGAGCCUGUAGAUCCUUUCCAACUCUUAGCACGAAAAGGAUCUGCCACAGUUCCACAAAAGAAGGUGGAGCAAAUACACCCAGGUACACGGCCAUUCGCAGCCCCGGAAGUCCUCCGCGGAGAGUGCCAGGAUCCGCUACUGGCUGAUGCCUACAGUUUCGGGAUGAUACUCAUCGCAAUCGAUCGCGUGGAGGUGGUGGACCUCAAGCCUUGGGAGCAACGGAAGGAUAUGGUACCUGAGAGUCUCUUUGAAGGAUGCGAGGUGUUUGAGGAGCAUUCGCGUCAAUAUUUGACGCGGUGGGACUCGAGGAGGAGGCUUUCAAAGCACGAUAUGAUGAUGUCGGUGGAUGGAUGA